GUUUUUUUGCGUUUCUUGAAGCUCUCCAUAUAGGUUCUCUGACGGGGCAACAUGCAACUUAUGCCCAAAGAACACUGUAUGAGUUUUAGGGAUCUGAAAGAAUUAGAAAGCGUGACGUGAAUAAGCUAAAGGGAGUACUACUGUAAAUAUUCCCGACAACCAUUACUGAGUUCUUUGAGGUAAAGUUCCGGGUCUCGGUAUAACCUGCCGACGGCAGCAUUUGGAACACCCGAUUUUCAAGCAAGAAGGAGUGCACUACAAGGGUCAAAUCUACGACAGCUUCGCGCUCUACUCUCUACCCGAUUUUCAGAAGCUGCAGGGUCUCACUUGUAUUGCCGAGAAUAUGAGUUUUCCUCUAGGUAAUGCAGUGCCACGGAAUUUGCGCGUGACUUGUCGUUUCCAUCCGGAGUCUAGGCUGAUUUCCGACGCGCAGACUGGGGAUGUGGUGUGUAGCGAAUGCGGGCUGGUGGUGGGAGACCGCAUUAUCGAUACGAGCGCAGAAUGGCGCAACUUCGGCGAAGGGCCGGAUCAGUCGCGUGUUGGCCUCCCGGAAGAACCGUUCUUUGAGAACGGGGAUCUGACCACUAUGAUAGGUCCCCCUGAAGGAUCAAGAAACGUCUCGGGACCGACUUAUGUGAGGUGUACCGUGGAAUCCGCCAGGAAUCGAUCACUGCGAUCCGCAUUCCGCAGUAUGUCCGAAGCAGCCGAUCGUAUUUCUUUGCCAGGUGCGGUUGUCGAAACGGCUUACGGAGUGUAUAAGGAAGUGCACGAAAAGAUCAAAGUGGUUGGUAAUCACAAGGGUGCACUGGGCAUUGCAUGCCUGUUUAUAGCCAGCCGCAUUGAAAAGAUGCCGAGGACAUUCUUUGAAAUCUGUCAGUCGUCGCCGUAUUCCCGACGACAAGUGGGCAAGUGUUACAAAGAAAUUUUGGGUCUGUUGGAUCUGCAGGAUGGAGCGUCGGAUGGCGACGAAUACGAACUGGUUGAGCGCUUUUGCGGACGUUUGUGCUUGCCUAAGGAUCUCGUAAAGCUGACCGUGCAUGUGGCAAGCGAGGCAAAGGAGAAGGAUUUAUUCCCCAACCGGGGACCAGAUGUGGUGUGCAGUGCGGCAAUUUUGGCUGUGGCGUUGGCCAGUGGUCACGACAAAGUACAGAUCAAAGAUCUUGUGCGAAUCAGUGGAGCCUCGAAGCACGGCAUUUAUCAGGCAUUUCGGAUGAUCGCAACCCAUGCAGCAGAACUCUUUCCGGAAGAAUUCCAGCCUACGAUUGACUGGAGUGAUUUGCCAAAAAUGGUCGUCGUUUGAUGAAUGAGAUUUCAUUUGGCCUUGGGGAAUGGAACACGCAGAGCAGCGACUUAUCUUUUGAAAUUGUCAUACUUUUAAGUAACGUCAAAGUAAAGUGGCUGGUCUUUUGACCUUUCCUUUGGAUAUACAGAGUAUAGGAUUUUGAUAUACGGUGUAUAGGAUUUGCCUUAUUAUUUUUAUUGUUUACGUUGACGAAAUUAUGUAUGAUCACUUGUAUUAUUUACGUGAAGUUGGACGAAAGUAUUUUGAUUAUUGUAGAUACUUAAUCGUACAGUUUUUCGGUUGUGAUGGAUACUGAAGGAGUAAGGUUGAACAAUUAGCAUUAAAAAUAGACAAUUUG